ACUGCUUUCUGUCGUCUUCUAACUUUCGAAGUUCUAAACAAGGACUUUAUGCUCUCUCCAGCUCCUUCACUCUUUCUGUGACAACCGACAAUGGCGGACGAAAUUCGUUUCUUUGAGUUGAACACCGGAGCCAAGAUUCCUUCUUUGGGCUUGGGGACCUGGCAGGCCAGCCCUGGCUUGGUUGGUGACGCCGUCGCCGCCGCCAUCAAAGCAGGAUAUCGGCAUAUUGAUUGUGCUCCAGUCUAUGGCAAUGAGAAAGAGAUCGGUUUAGUUUUGAAGAAGCUAUUUGAAGAUGGUGUGGUGAAGCGCGAGGAGUUGUGGAUUACCUCGAAACUAGCGUGCACUGAUCAUGCCCCAGAGGAUGUAACAGUGGCAUUGGAAAAGACUUUGAGAGACUUGCAGCUGGACUAUGUCGACUUGCACCUUAUGCAUUGGCCAGUACGGUUGAAGAAGGGUUCAGUAGAUUUUAGUCCCGAAAACCUUAUGCAACCAGAUAUCCCUGCCACAUGGAGGGCAAUGGAAUCUCUCUUUGAUCUGGGUAAGGCUCGAGCUAUUGGUGUGAGCAAUUUCUCUACAAAGAAGCUGUCAGAUUUGCUGGAUGUGGCACGUGUUCCUCCUGCUGUUAACCAAGUGGAGUGCCAUCCUUCAUGGCAGCAGGCCAAGCUACAUUCAUUCUGUAAAUCCAAUGGAGUUCAUGUUUCUGGAUAUUCACCCCUUGGUUCUCCAGGCACAACAUGGAUCAAAAGUGACGUCCUUGAGAAUCCUAUUCUGAACAUGGUUGCAGAGAAACUAGGCAAAACUGCUGCACAAGUUUCUCUUCGAUGGGGACUGCAAAAGGGUCACAGUGUUCUUCCAAAGAGUACAAAUGAAGCAAGGAUCAAGCAGAACUUUGAUGUCUUUGGGUGGUCUAUCCCAGAGGACUUGUUCACCAAGCUUUCUCAAAUUGGGCAGGCUAGACUGGUAAGAGGGACUUCAUUUGUUCAUGACACUUUUGGUCCUUAUAGGAGUAUUGAGGAAUUGUGGGAUGGUGAAAUCUAGGAAGUCGGCCUGUGCACAUUUUCUUCAACUGAAUUGGAUUUUUAUGUUUAUGGGUAUGGAACUAGUAGAACUAGGGAUGAUGGUCAUCGUAAAGUCCCCGAAACCGAUUUGAUCACAACGGUUAGAUGAUGAGUGUUUUAAGCAUUAGUUGAUAUUUUCAAAUUUCAACAUGCAUAUCAUCUAACCGUUCAUUUAAAAGUCCUCACUUGGUCCUUAUUAUAAGUCCUCGUUAGAAGUACCCAUUCAUCACAAACUUGUAAACAUCUCUUGCAGUUUAUUUGAAAAUUGCUGAAAAUAUUAUUCUUUGUUCUAGGAUAUUCCAUAUCUUACUAGAUAUUCUUUAUGUGUGUCUUUGCCUUAUGCCAAUAUGAUAUGUAGUUAGACUAGAUCUAUGUAUUCAUAUCCUUACCAUACUAGUAAUGUGUAAUUCUCUAUAUAAAGGGCUCCUAUCAAUGAAUGAGAUACACAUCUUUCACG